GCUUUGGGCAAGCAAACAAAAUACAUGUAGAGCCUCACCUCCUCGCUGGAUUGUCUUUUGUGUAGUUUUCCAAUUCCCUCCCCCAUCGCUUUCUGUUGUUUACCUUCCACAGAGCCUCUGUUCCAGCUGUACAAGAUGGUUCUCGCUCUGCUGAUACCGGUACUGGCAAGCGGCGUAGCUGCGCAACACUUGACUCUGCCAUUGGUCGACUACGGCGCCGUUGUAAAUGCCGUCAACUCCAACGAUCCAGGCUACCAGAUCUGUACAGCAGUCGCCGAUUUCGUCUCAGGCUGCGUUGUUCAAGCUGGGGGCGCUACGGCGCUCUCCACGGCGAAUCCCCUUUCUCUCGCUGAAUGUGCUUGCUGCGUAGGGACAACUGAUGUAGCUCCCGCUUACAGCAGCUGUGCCGAUUAUCUGGUGUCCGAGGCGCCUCAGCUGACUUCGCAAAUCUCAGCCUAUGGUUACUUCUACUCAGCCUGCGGAAACUCUCCACAGAUCUGCGUCGGAAACUCUGGCGGAAACUCUGGCGGCAACUCUGGCGGCAACUCUGGCGGAGGCGGAUCAGUUACAAAAGAAUCAGAGCCAUCAUCCACCGCACAAUCUUCACAUUUCCAGUCUCCUACACUAGCUGCCUCGACGUCGAUCCCUUCACCGGCCUCCUCGCCGAGCAAGAUCCCGCAACAAACAUCUGCUACACAAGGUAGAUCGACCGCUUCGACGACAACGAGUUCUCCAGCUUCUGCCGUGACAACUUACGCGUCAGCGUGUAUUUCAAUGGUAGAUAUCUUUGAACAGUGUACGAAAAAUACACCUGGCUUUACGAAUUUGGUGUAUAGUGAGCAGGCCUACUGCUAUUGCUGCCGGAGUGCGCUGGGUGGAGAGGUUACAUGGACUGAUGAGAUCGAUACGUAUGCUUCGACCUGCCGAGACUGGGCUGCCACUAUUACCACGGGCGAUGCUUUGACUGCUUACGAUGUGGCCAAAACCUUUGCCACCUUCUGCGAUCAUUUUAGCGACGCAUGCGAUAUCACGACAAAAGGGCCCUCUUCGAAUACAAACGAUAACCCUUUCCCUCCACCAGACUCAACGGGAAGUUCAGGGGAUUCUACAGCUGGAGGAGAUGGAGGUCAGGUCACUGUGACUGUAACUCAGCCUCGUCCUACCACAACGUCACACAAUGCUGCUCCAACUGCUCGUGCGGGCCUCGUUGCCGGUGCACUUGCAAUAGCUGGCUUUGCCAUUAUGAUUUGAGAGGGGGCAGUUGAGCAUACGCUAUAAUGGAAGAUUUGAUGGUGAAAGUUGCCUUUUUAUCAAAGGUUAGAGAUAAACGUUGGAAAUGUCACUGCGCAAGAUACCUAUAGCCUUGGAAGCUAUCAACUGGAUAUUUAUGUAGCUACAUGUAUUUUGACUGUGUGUACUGCAUAAGCAGCAGCAUCUGGGUAACACGAAUAAUGAGUAUUAAAUCUAUGCCGUCAAGUCAACGUUG